AUGUUCAAUUUAAAUCGGUUAAGGGCUAAUUACCCUAAUCGUGAUGAUGAAUUUCAAGAACGUCAAGAUAAUUUAAAUAAUAUUGAUACAACAAAUCACUAUGAUGAUUAUAUGGAUGUUGAGAGAUUAGAUACUGUUAAGACAGAAGGUGGCUAUGGAGAAGAAGACGGUAAUGCAGUUGAUAUCGAUAAUGCUAUUGAAAAAUAUCAAUCAGUACGUCGUGAAAUGACUUUGCAAUCUCGUAGAAAGUCAUCUAUUGUUCCUUCUGCUACUGUAGCUGCUGUAGAUGUUGAAAAGGGAGAACCACAAGAGUUUGAUUUAACAGAGUUUCUUACUGAACAACACUCCCAGAUUAUGGCUGCUGGACUGAAGCCUAAGAAUAUGGGCGUAAUUUGGAAAAAUUUGGUUGUUCAAGGUUUAGGUGCAGAUGCAAAAGUAAUUUCUACAAAUUAUACUUGGCUUGCAAGUUUCUUUCAAUUUUGGAAAUGGGGAAAACAUUCAGGUCAUGAUUUUACCAUCCUUAAGGAUAAUAAUGGCUUCUGUAAAUCUGGUGAAAUGCUUUUAGUCUUGGGUCGUCCUGGUUCUGGCUGUACCUCAUUACUCCGUGUUCUUUCUAAUAUGCGUGCCUCCUAUACUAAAAUUGAAGGUGAAGUGACUUACGGUGGUAUUGAUGCUGAAGAAUUUGGUAAACAUUUUAGAGGUGAAGUAUGUUAUAAUGAAGAAGAAGAUCUUCAUUUUCCUACCUUGACAACUCAACAAACACUUCGAUUUGCUCUUAAAAAUAAAACUCCUGGUAAGCGUAUUCCUGGUGAAUCUAAGGAGGAGUUUAUUGAUAAAAUUCUUUACUUGCUUGGUAAUAUGCUCGGUUUGACAAAACAAAUGAAUACAAUGGUCGGUAAUGCCUUUGUUCGUGGUCUUUCAGGUGGUGAACGUAAACGUCUUUCUAUUGCUGAACAAAUGACAACUCGUAGUUCUAUCAACUGCUGGGAUUGUUCCACUCGUGGUCUUGAUGCUGCAUCUGCUCUUGAUUAUGUUCGCUCUCUUCGUAUCAUGACAGAUAUUUUAAAUAAGACUACAAUCGCCACUCUAUAUCAGGCCUCUGAUAGCAUUUUCCAUUUGUUUGAUAAGGUCAUGGUCCUUGAUGAAGGUCGAUGCAUUUAUUUCGGUCCUACUGCUACUGCAAAGGAAUACUUUACUGAUAUGGGUUUCUAUUGUCCUAGUCGUAAAUCUACACCUGAUUUUCUGACUGGUCUUUGUAACAUGAAUGAACGUCAAGUUGUGGAAGGAUUUGAAGGCAAGGUUCCUAUCAAUGCUGUUCAAUUUGAAAACGUUUAUAAGCAAUCCAAGUUAUUCAAUGAAAUGAUGAAUGAACGUGAUGAAUAUGAGCAACAAAUUAACAAAGAUAGACCUGCUGAUCUCUUUAGAGAAGCCUUUACUGAGGCUCAUCAAAAGCAUGCUCCCAAGAGUUCUCCUUUUGUUGCUUCUUAUUUCCAACAAGUGAAGGCUCUUACUAUUCGUCAAUUCCAACUUAUUUGGGGUGAUAAAGGUGCACUUGUUUCCCGUUAUGGUGGUGUCAUCGUCAAAGGUCUUAUCAUGGCUUCUGUCUUCUUCCUUAUACCUCAUGAUGGUAGUGGUGCCUUCUCUCUUGGUGGUGCUUUCCUUUUCAGUUUACUUUUCAAUGCUUUGAUUGCUCAAUCAGAAUUGGCUGCUUUUAUGCAAGGUCGUCGUGUGCUAGAUAAGCAUAAACAUUAUGCCUUAUAUCAUCCUUCUGCCUUUUAUAUUGCUACCGUUAUUGCUGAUAUUCCACUAGCCUUAGUUCAAGUCAUUAUAUUUGAAAUUUGUGUCUACUUUUUGAUGGGUCUUACAUUAAAUGCAGGAACAUUUUUCACAUUCUUCAUUGUUCUUGUAGUCACUAAUCUUUGUAUGAACGGCUUUUUCCGUUUCUGGGGUGCUGUGAGUCCAAAUUUCUUUACUGCUUCUCAAUUAUCUAGUAUUCUUUUGAUUGCAUGUUUGAUUUACUGUGGUUAUCAAAUUCCUUAUAUUCAAAUGCAUCCUUGGCUCAUGUGGAUUUAUUGGAUUAACCCGUUAGCUUAUGGUUACAAGGCUUUAAUUUCUGAUGAGAUGAGAGGUCUUAAAUUCUCCUGUGCUGGUAUUUUUUCUGUCCCUAGUGGUCCUGCAUAUGUUGAUGUUGAUCAACAAUAUAAGUCUUGUCUCAUUACAGGUGCCAAACCUGGUGAUAGCUAUGUUCUUGGUGAUGAUUAUUUGGCUGAUGCCUAUGGUUACUAUAUCUGGCAACGUUGGAUUAAUUUUGUUGCUGUUAUCCUUUUUUUUGUCUUCUUCACUGUCCUUACUGCUCUUGCUAUGGAAUACAUUGAUCUUCAAAAGGAAGGUUCUAUUACCAAAGUGUACAAAAAAGGAUGCGCCCCUAAGGAAGAAUCUGAUGAGAAGCUUAUGCAGCAGACUGCCACUAUCAAUGACCAAGACAUGGAAGCCGUUACUGAUGGUACUACUUUCUCAUGGCAUCAUGUUAAUUAUACAGUCCCUGUAAAAGGCGGUACUCGUCAGCUUUUGAAUAAUGUAGGUGGUAUCGUUAAGCCUGGUAACCUUACUGCUCUUAUGGGUUCUUCUGGUGCUGGUAAGACUACUCUUUUGGAUGUCUUGGCGAAGAGAAAAACAAUUGGUAAGAUUGAGGGUAAUAUCUAUUUGAAUGGUGAAAAACUUGCUGCAGACUUUGAACGUAUUACGGGUUACUGUGAACAAAUGGAUGUUCACAAUCCUAAUGCUACCGUUCGUGAAGCCCUUCGUUUCUCUGCUUACUUGCGUCAACCAGCUGAUGUCCCCAAGGAAGAAAAGGAUGCCUAUGUUGAACAAAUCAUUCAACUUAUGGAAAUGGAAAAGAUCGCUGAUGCUCUUGUGGGUGACCUCGAAGCUGGUGUUGGUAUCUCUGUAGAAGAACGUAAACGUUUGACGAUUGCUACUGAAUUGGUUGGUAAGCCCAAACUACUUUUCUUGGAUGAACCUACCUCUGGUCUUGAUGCUCAAAGUUCUUAUAACAUUGUCCGUUUCAUUCGUAAACUUGCUGAUGCUGGUUGGCCUGUACUCUGUACGAUUCAUCAACCUUCUGCCACCCUGUUUGAACACUUUGAUCAUCUUUUGCUUUUAAUGCGUGGUGGUCAUAUUGCAUACUUUGGUGAAAUUGGUAAGGAUUCCCGUAUUAUGAUUGAUUACUUUGAAUCAAAUGGUGGACCCAAGUGCUCUCCUGAUGCUAAUCCAGCUGAAUAUAUCUUGGAAUGUGUCGGUGCAGGUACUGCUGGUAAGGCUACUAAGGACUGGGCUGAAGUCUGGGCAAAUUCUCCUCAAGCACAAGCACUUGAAGAAGAAUUGGAAGAAAUCCAUCGUUCUGCUAGUCCUACCACUCGUAAGGCUUCACCUUAUUCUCUUUCCUUCUGGCAACAAUUAAAGUAUGUCUACUUGCGUAUGAAUAUCUCCUGGUGGCGUUGUCCUACUUAUAAUAUGGGCCGUCUCUUUAAUGUCUGCUUCAUUGGUCUUAUCUCUGGUUUCUCAUUCUGGAAGUUAGGUCAUACACCUGCUGAUAUGCAAAAUCGUAUGUUCUCUGUCUUCACUACACUUUUGAUGAGUAAUGCCUUAAUUAUUCUUGCUCAACCCCGUUUUAUGCAAGAAAGAUUAUGGUUCCGACGUGAAUAUGCCUCCAAGUACUAUGGCUGGGGUCCUUUUGCUUUAUCAUGUAUUCUUGUAGAGAUUCCUUACUUGAUUGUUCUAGGUACUAUCUUUUUGUUCUGUUUCUAUUGGACUGCUGGAUUACCAACUGAAUCGAACCGUAUUGGUUUCUUCUAUAUUCACUUUAUCAUGUUCUUAUUCUAUUCUGUUUCACUUGGUUUCACGAUUGCUGCCUUCUCUGCUACACCUCCUAUGGCUGCUGUCAUUAAUCCUUUCUUUACAUCUUUCUUGAUCUUAUUCGCUGGUAUUAUGCAGCCUCCAAGUGCUAUGCCUCGUUUCUGGAGCUCAUGGAUGUAUUGGAUUGAUCCUUAUCAUUAUUUAAUUGAAGGAUUAGUAGUCAAUGCAUUGGAUGGUAUACCAGUUAUUUGUGAUGCAAGUAAUUAUAUCAAGGUCAGAGCACCCCCAGGACAAACCUGUGGUGAAUACUUUAAUGCUUACUUUGAAAGUGGUGGCCUUGGUUACUUGGGUAAUCCAAACGCUACUGGUAUGUGUGAUUACUGUCAAUAUACAUUAGGUAAUGAUUUCUAUGAGGGUCGAAUUGGUUGGUCUUUUGCUCACAGAUGGCGUAACUUUGGUAUCUUGACCGCUUACACUGUUUUUAACUGUUUCCUUUUCACAGUCUUUGUCUUCUUAUUUAGAAAGCAAAAGCGUUAAAAGAAAAAAAAAACCAAUAUUUUUUUUUUACACUUUUACUUGUUAUAUUCCCUACUAUAUUAUUAUUAUUUUAUUUUUUUUUCUAAUAGACCUUACAAUAAUAUUUAUUUUGCCUUUUUCUUAAUUUCUUUCCCUAUUAGUAUUAUUAUUAACCCACUUUACAUGUAAAAA